CAACCACACUGGUAUCCGUAAUGUCUGGGAGGUAUUGCCAGCACGCCUAUAUAAACCUCCAUUCACUCGGCAGGGCACUUCCCAUCCACCUCACGUUCUCACCACCUCGUCCACCACUCAUCCACACUAUCAAACAUGGGAUUCCUCGACUCCUUCGGUGACAACUCCGAGCAGAAGCAGGCCUACGACCAGGUUGUUGGCGCACCACACAAGGCCCCUCUCUCCCACGAGCUCAUCGCCGCCGCUGCCUCCUACGAGGCCGCGAAGGCGUACGAGGACCACGAGGCCAAGAACGGCAAGCCCCAGAACCACCAGAUGGCCAAGGAGCUCCUCGCUGGCUUCGCUGGCGCCUUCAUCGACCACAUCGUCGAGAGCAAGGGGCUUGACUUUGUCGACAAGGAGAAGGCCAAGUACCACGCCAAGCACCACGUUGACCAGGCUGUCGAGCAGAAUUGGACGCCUCCCCAGUAGACGCCUUGUCUCGACAUCACGUUCUUUCCUCAACUGUGCGGUAUUGUAGGACUGGAGAGUGGAAUGUAGAAAAUAAAGAAAACAAUUGUUUGCAAUGAAUGUGUUUUGUGUGUACUUUACUAGGUGGCCGAAGAGCCGAUGCG